AAAAAGGCGAAGGACCCGUGGGAAUGGACGCCUGAAAGGAAAGUGGGGCUAAGGUUCUUGACUUUCGCGCCUUCCAUCUUACGACGACAUCAGGUCUGAUUGACUUUUUUUUUUUUCGCAUCCAGGAUAUGCGCCGCGCGUCCACAUGCUGCACUGCAUCGCUUGAAGCAUGCAGUCAGCUUUCUAAGAUGCUCGGAUGCUUCUGCCCUCAAAAUAAUCAUUAUACAUAUCCGACAUUCACGAGGACUACCACAGCCAUUUAUGGGACUUGUUUCGACAUCAUUUCUGUCUAUUUUGAACUCAAGUCCAUGAACCACCUUCCACUUCAUGUUGUGAUGAUUGUCAAUUCACAGUCAUCAGCACAUUACUUAUCGAGGGAUCACUUCCCCGCAUUUCGCUUGGGUGUACUUGCAUUCAUCCAACCCGCUCUAUUAACCCUGGAUUGCUUGGACUUGCCGAUGCCCUUGGUGGAGGAGAAACGCAUCUCGCCCUGGUGGGCGCAACUCCCACGUGCUGAUACUGUUGUUAAGCGUCCAUCUACCGCAGGGUUGGCAGUUCAAUAUAGUUCGGCAGGACCUGCAUCUCAACACCCUUCCGACGCCCUCAUAUGGAACAACACGACGGCUACCUACCUUGAAAGCCACUUCUACGCCGCCUGCAAGAGCUUUAUUCUGGCGAUAAUCGAGAAAUUUGAGUCGAUAACUAUGCAACAAGACCCUUUUGCAUGAGCAUCUUGUCAAAAACAUCCACUCCGAGGACCUAUAGUUUGCCCUACCGGUAUUGUCAUUGUAUACACGACAGAAAUACCUCAUGUACUUGCCUUUCAUUGCCGAAGUCCCAUU